AUGGAUCCUUCCAAGAUUCUCGGUUUCCUACAGAAUCCACUUGUUCAACUUCAAGACGAGUGUGCGAGACACAAUGCGACAAAGCUCCGAAAUGUUGAGUUGACUGAAGAUCUCGAAAACAAAAUGGCAAAAAUUUAUGAACUCUUCGCGCAGAGGGAUGACUUGAUGGAGGACAUCGGCGCCACCCAGACUGCCAAAAUGGGUCUUGAGAAACAAAAUGCUGAAUUAAUUGGAAAACUCGAGAAGAUGAACAUAGCUAUGCAAGAACUCAUUACGGAGAGGGAUUCCUAUAAGAUGGAGAUCCAAGCCUUCAAGGAGGUUGCUGAAAGAAAUUGGAAGGAAGAUUAUUUGAAGAGGAUUCUGGAGCUCCAGGGGCAACAUGAUAUUGCUCUUUGCGACAAGGACCGGAUGAUCCACAAUCAAGGCGAGCAACAUGCCAAGCAGAUCGAAGACAUGGACCUGGAACUUAAAACGCUUAAGACCCAGCAGGAGCAGCAUGCCAAGGAGCUCAACGACAAAGACCUUGCCAUCAAAGAACUGGAGGCCCGUCUAUCUGCUGCAGAGCAGAAUAGGAAGGAGGUCGUCACGGAGCCAACGCAACUCCACACUGAGCUCGGCAAGCUCUAUUUGGAGCUCCAGGAGGCCAAGAAGCCACAGGAGGCUCUGAUGGCUCGAUUGGCUGCUAAAAACAAGGGAAUCGAAUAUCUCACGAAACAAUAUGAAGCAAAGCUGGCUGCCAAGGAUUCAGAAAUCGAAAGAUUGACGGAGAUUGUUAAGGAUGGAGAGGAGAAGAAAAAGAUUCGGAUGGAGAUGGUUGCCAACCUUCGGAAGACAAUAUUCGCCAAGGAAUCGGAAAUAAUGAAGAAAUUCAAUGCAAUGAGACAGGAGGCGCCUCAAAGUCCGAAGCUUCUGAAGCCAGAGCCCUCUAUUGAGUAUGAGGACAUUGGUCCACGUCGCUCUAAUAGAAAGUUCAGAUCAGAGUUGCACCAUCAUCUGGUCCAUCUGCCUCUAAUUAUCCCUCAUGAUGGACCGAUCUUCCCUCCAGAUCUUUUGUUGAAUCGACAGCAAGAGAUAGUGACGGAACAAUAG